AUGAGUGAUCUACACCGUGAGAGAGAGAGAGAGAGAGAGAGAGAGAGAACGAGAGAGAGAGGAGGAGCAGGAGCAGAGCAGAGCACACGGAAAAGGCAGGCGAGCAAAACAUCAGAAGCCAAGCUGAACCUCUGAGGGACGAGAGAACUGAGGGAAGAGAGGAUAAAUAAAUGGACAGAAUGGACAGAACGGAGAGAGCAGGAGCAGAAGAGGCAGCAGGGGACGAGUGAAAGCAGCUCACUGCAGCACCUGUGAGCCACGGGCAGAAAACAGCAACAGCAACAGACAGCAUCAGAAUCAGAAUCAAGAAGCAGCAUCAGAAUCAAGAAGCAGCAUCAGCAGCAGAAGCUCCGUCAUCCUCAUCAUCCUUAUCAUCACUAUCCUCCUCGUCCUCGUCCUCAGCACAGCUCCAGCCUCAUUGACUCCUGCUUUUCUACAAAAAAAGGAAGAAAGCCAGAAGCAAUGGCAGCCUCAGCCAAUCAGGCUGGAGGUCCCAGCCGCUAAUUGAUGGAUACAAUGAUACCAUGACCACCAGAGGCUCUGCACCGGCCCCCAAAGCCAUCCUCCCUUCAGCAUGCGCUGGGAUAGCUCGCUCACUCUCACUCGCUCACGUGGAAACAUCGGAACUCUCCGUCCCCGUCGCCACGGCCACAGUGCAGCUAGCCCUGAUAGCAGCGUUAGCUCCAGCAGGGACAUCAGGUAGCACAGUCAGGGGCUUAGAGGGCAGGUACAGUGCUGACAUUGCCACCAGGUGUCGGGACAAGUGGGUGUCAUCAUCAUUAUAGUCAUAGUAUAGUCAUAGUGAUAGUAGUAUUAAUAGAAGUAAGUAGUCGUAAGUAGUAGUAGAAACUGUAGUAACGGUAGUAGCUCAACAGAUAUAGAUAUAAAUAUAUAUAUAUAUAUAUAUAUACAUACAGCUGGGGAAGCAUGACUGUAACUGUUACAUAUUGUUAUCUUUAUAGAUAAUAGGUUUGUAGUCAUUUAAAAAAAAAACAAGAAACUUAAAGGACUGUUAUGUAUGUUCCUUUUUGUUUGUUUUCUCUUUAGUUGUUUUUUAUAUGUAUAUAUACAUAUAAAUAUAUAUAUUUCUGACACCAGAAGUAGCAGCAUCGCUGUCAGCAGCAUAGCAUCAAGUAAUAGAUUUUAAUAUGCUCUCAGGUUUACUUUGAAUGUGUUUUUCAGCGCUACCUUCAGUAGUCCGGUAGCUCACGUUCGGUAGCCCCCUGCUGUAUGAUUGUAGUUAGUGGUCCGCUGCAUUCGUGGUUGGUAUGGUGAAGAGAGCGGACGCUCUUCGCACCCUACUGGCUGAUGAAGGCCUCCUGGAUACGGCUGCUGAAAAGAGCAAAGGGGGGUCGAGUCAAGAACGAUAUCGGAGGUUCGGCAGACUCAUACACCAGUCGACCGUCUGACUCGGAUGUGUCUCUGGAGGAGGAUAAAGAGGCUCUGCGCAGAGAGGCUGAGAGACAGGCCCAGGCUCAGCUAGAGAAAGCCAAGACAAAACCCGUAGCUUUUGCUGUUCGGACAAACGUCAGCUACAGCGCUUCCCUCGAGGAUGACGUCCCUGUGCCGGGAAUGGCCAUCUCUUUCGACGCUAAAGAUUUUCUACAUGUAAAAGAGAAGUUUAAUAAUGACUGGUGGAUCGGCCGCUUGGUGAAGGAGGGCUGUGAGAUCGGCUUCAUUCCCAGUCCAGUAAAGUUAGAAAACACUCGCAUCCACCAGGAGCAACGAGCCAAACAGGGCAAAUUCCACUCCAGUAAAUCAGGGGCGAACUCCUCGUCGAGUUUAGGUGAAGUGGCUCCGAACUCUCGGAAGUCUACUCCUCCGUCCUCAGCCGUGGAUAUAGACUCUGCGGGUUUAGAGCUGGAGGAGCCUGAACCUCCUCCUCCUCCUCCUCCUCCUCCUCAGCAGCGUUCUCCUAAAGCCAGCCCAAACACAGUCAUAUCCCCUUUAGCCCGCGAGAAACGAAUGCCCUUCUUUAAGAAGACGGAGCACAUCCCCCCAUAUGACGUUGUGCCCUCCAUGAGGCCGGUGGUCCUGGUGGGACCCUCACUCAAGGGCUAUGAGGUAACAGACAUGAUGCAGAAAGCGCUAUUUGACUUUCUCAAGCACAGAUUCGAGGGGAGGAUAUCCAUCACUCGGGUGACGGCUGACAUUUCUCUGGCCAAGCGCUCCGUUCUGAACAACCCCAGUAAACACGCCAUCAUUGAACGAUCCAACACACGAUCCAACCUGGCUGAAGUACAGAGUGAGAUCGAGAGGAUUUUUGAGCUGGCACGAACACUGCAGUUGGUGGUUUUGGACGCUGACACGAUAAACCAUCCAGCUCAACUGGGCAAAACCUCACUGGCGCCAAUCAUCGUCUAUGUCAAGAUCACCUCUCCAAAGGUGUUGCAAAGAUUGAUAAAGUCUAGAGGGAAGUCUCAAGCCAAACAUCUCAAUGUGCAGAUGGUGGCGGCAGACAAACUGGCUCAGUGCCCUCCAGAGCUCUUUGAUAUCAUCCUGGAUGAGAAUCAGUUAGAGGAUGCCUGUGAGCACAUGGCCGACUAUCUGGAGGCGUACUGGAAGUCCACCCAUCCGGCCAGCAGCAGUCCAUCCAACCCAGCCUUAGACAAGCUCACCUCCGCCUCCGAUGCCCAGUCGACCAAUCCAGAGCCAGCGUCCAACCCACAGCUCCAGGGCACGGGGGGCAACCCGAAAGUGGAGAAGUCGCUAGGUGACAGGAAGGGCUCUCAAGAGGACCAUCAUCACCACCACCACCGUCACCACCAUCGGCUGCAGAAGCAGACCAGUCUGGACAACGCCGAGGAUGACGACCUGGAAGAGGAAGAGCCCGAGGCCGCGGAGGAGCAGAGACCGUUACGGAGUGGACGGAGAGCACCCCACAUACACCACCGCUCCUCAUCCACAAGGACCGAGCACCACAACCAUCACCACCACCACCAUCACCACCACCACCACAACCGCACGGCUCGGACGCUUUCCAGACAGGAAACUCUGGAGAGCAGAGAUUCAGCUUACACUGACCAGCCAGCCACACGAGCCAGCCACACACACACACACUCGCAUCCGCACCCUCAUCCGCACCCGCAUACUCACACACAACGCCCCGGCGAGGAAGACGAGGAGGACGAGGAAGAGGAAGAGGAGGAAGAGUUAGAGCAGGAGGAGGAGCCACCUCUUCAGCAUAACCAUCAUCACCAUCACCACCAUCACCGCCAGGGAGACAGGGAGAGAGCGCACGAGCACAGCGACCGAAACAACCGACAGCGCCCCCUGCAGAGACCCCAGCGAGAACGCUACCACAACUACGAGAGACAGCGCUCCACUGAGGGGGAGAAGAAAAGAGGAGAGACAGAGUGGGCCAGAGAUCACUACAUAGAGUAGUGACACACACUCACACACACACUAACGCACAUUUACACACAAAUAAACACAAUACACACACAACGCCAUUAAACCACUAUCACACACACAGUCUAUCUCUCCAUCUACUGUCAGGUCCAGAAUCAUUAAUAACAAUCACUUGAUGGACUUUAUGGUCUAAACGAAUGCUAUAUUAUUUAUUACAAUUAUAAUCAUAUAUAUAUAUAUAUAUAUAUAUAUAUAUAUAUAUAUAUAUUUUUUUUUUUUUUUUUUUUUUUUUUUUUUGGCCAUAUUUGGCUUUUAUCCCGAGAAGCCCACAGUUCAGAAGUCAUGGUUCAGAAGUAGGAGAAUGUAGGAUUAGGAGUCUUGCCAAAGGUUUCUUAUUAAAAAAGGAAAAAAAAAAAAAGUUAAAGUCUGCAUCGGGUACAGUGGCACAACCACAAAUUGUAAUGUAUUUUAUUGAGAUUUAAACUAAUAGACCAACCAAAAAGUAGCACAUAAUUGUGAAGUGGAACAAAAAUGAAAGUGAAUCUUCCUCCCAGUCUAAAGUCUUUUGCAGCCUCCAACAGGUUUUCUUCCAGGAUUGCCCUGUAUUCGGCUCCAUCCAUCUUUCCAUCAACUCUGAUCAGCUUCCCUGUCCCUGCUGAAGAAAAGCAUCCCAGUGGAGAGUGAAGAUGGUGUGUUCAGAGUAAUGAGUAGUGUUACUUUUCCACCACACGUAGCAUUGCUUUGCAUUUAGGCCGCAAAUUUCCCAUCUGACCAUAGCACCUUCUUCCACACUUUUGCUAUGUUUCCUACAUGGCGUGUGGCAAACUUCAAACAGCACUUCUUAUGUCUUUUAUUCAAUAGUAAAUUUAUUUUAUUAAAUUUAUUCAAAAAGCCCAAUGAGCUGUGGAUUUCUGCAGCUCCUCCAGAGUGACCAUGUUUUUAUAACCUAAACCUGCUUUAAACUUCUCCUUAACUUUAUCUCUUAACUGUCUGGUGCGCUCCUUUGUCUUCAUGAUGCUGUUUGUUCACUAGUGUUCUCUAACAAACCACUGAGGUCUUCACAGAACAGGUGUAUAGAUUUAUACUGAGACUAAAUUACACACAGCUGAACUCUAUUAACUAAUUAAGUGACUUCUGAAAGCAGUUGAUUGCACCAGAUUUUAUUUAGGAGUUUUAUAGUAAAAGCGGGAUAAAUACUUUUUUACGUCACACUUUUCAGAUUUUUAUUUGAUUAAAAUUUUGAAAACUAUCUAUCUUUUUUUUUAUUAUUCCACCUCACAAUUAUGUGCUAUGUUGUGUUGGUCUAUCACUUAAAAUCUUAAAAAAAAUCAUUUAAAUUUGUGGUUGUAAGUUGACAAAAUGUGAAAAGGUUCAAGCCUUCAUGGAAAAAUCAUUCCACAGUUAUACAGUGUGGAAAAGUUAAUACUUUGUGGUUUCCUGAGUGUCCAUUGGUCAGUCUUGCACAAAACAAAAAAAGGAUGGGUGCUCAAACCUACCAGUUACAAAUAGUACACAGAUGAUCGACACGCAGAUCCAUCAGAGGGAGGUCCAGUUUCUUAACUGUGCUGCGAUAUCGCAAAGAUAUUAAUAGAAACAUGAAGAAAAAAACAGAAAUAUUGAACUUGACAUGGCUGUAUGUUUGUUGACCCCAGAGGGUUAAAAACGAGGAUCAGUGGUGCUCUGCAGCUGUUUGCAAUAGAAACACUUAGAUUUGUCAAAUGUCACUUAAUUACUGUCCUGCUGCUUGUAUUAGUUCCAAUAUUAACUAAUUGUUUUUGUUAGACUCAUUAUCUGUAGCUUGUUUUACUUGACCACUCUAGUUUUUUAACCUCUGGUCACAUUGGCACUCAAAGAAAGCCUCAGCUAAUCACAGGGGGAGGUUGGAACUAACUAACUGUGUAUAAUGACGUGUAUAUUUUCAUGCCUAUUAUAAGAUUCAAUUCUUAGGUCAAGGUUUAAUUUGAUUUUCCAGAUUUGGUGGAUUAAACUGUUAAAUAAUUUUACAGAGCUCUUAGUUCUGUAUUGCUCACAGCAAUAGGCAAAUAGACUGCACCAAAAUGUACAUUUACAGCCUUUGUUUUGCAUUCUUAUCCAGAGCGGUCAAAAGAAUGCACCAUAUUAUUAUUAUUACUGGAACAAUAAUGAAUCUGGUUACUCUUUGGGAGAGUAACCAUAUUAACUAGGGAUGCACAAUGAUAUCAGAAAUUCUCAGUAUCUGCCAAUUAUUCAAACUGAAUAAACUGAAAUGCUUUCUGGCAUUUAUUGUGUGCCAGAACAGGACCAACAUGGGUUAAACAACAACUGUAGGACACUGACUGUGCUACUUUAAAAUGAACUGAUUUAAGCUAGAUUUUUAUUUAUUUUAUUUUAGUUACUUUUAAUAUUAUAAAGAUAUAACUAUGCUAUCUAGUCUCCAAAUCUCUAGUCUGUAAAAUAAAAAUGUGUAUAUUGACAUUGACAGAUAUAUACACGUGUAAUAUCGGAUAUUGGCACAUAUGCAUAUCAGUGCAUUCCUAAUAUUACCAGAUAUGUUAAUGAUGGCUGAUGGAAAAGACAAAUUUAAUAUCAGAAUAAAGAAAAUGCUGAGGUUUGAGAGUAUGCACUACCUACAUGUGUCGAAAGUUUUAAAACACACCCAAUUUUUCCCUUUAAAUAUUCCCCCAUAAAUGGUAAAAAGAACAAAUCCAAUGCACAUAACUUUGAAGUAAACUAAAAUAUUAAAGUAAAAUAUUAGUAAAUUGUGAAAGUAAAUGGUAACUUGUGCCACCUGAUUUUAGCUGACUCCACCAUCAGCUCAAAUGUGAAAAAUGCUUAAAAAAAAAAAAAAAAAAAAAAAUGAGAGGGGGAGUAUAGGAGGGGCACUGGGUGAUGUAUGGGUUUAGAGGCAGGGCAGGAGGGAGAGCUGAUUGGCUGAGCUGCGGCAGUGUUCCUCUGAUAGUGGGGAGACACAGAUGGACACAGAGCAGGACUGGUAUGUUUCAUUACCUUUAAUGAAGAAAAAAAAGUUUUAGGGUUUAGUGCCUCUUUAAAGUGGUACUGAUAAAGUUAACCAAAGAAAGUCAAAAAUGCAUGUCCUAAAAAAAUCAGUUCCAGCCACAUUAGAUUAAAGUGAAAAAUCACAUUUUGAAAUAGUCAGACUGUGUGAUCAGAACUAACUGUUCUGAUAUAUAUUUUGUUAAUGCAUAAAAAAUGUUCAUGUUCUUAUCAUGGUAUCACUGCAACAGCUUUCAAAACUGCCCAAGUUAUCGCACUGAUUGCCCUGCCGGACGCUUGUAUGGCUUCAACAGGGUUUCAGGACAUAUUUCAAGGUUUUCCUCCAGGACUCUUGAUGUCCUAAUGUUUGUACUUGUAUGUUUACAAUUCUUAACUGCCCAAAUGAUUUGAUGGUAUGUCUGGGGUCAUUUUUUUAGGUCCCCCUUUGGCCAAGUCUCAGCCUGCUGGCAGAGACCACCAAGUUUUUUUGGCUACUUGGUGGAAUUCAUUAAACUGCUCAAACGUUAAAACGAGACCCUGGAUCUCUGGCAGCGGAUCAGCCCCCAAAACGUCAAUAAAUCAUUUAAUUGAUGGUGUGUCCGGUUCCUGUUUAGACUCCACAAACACCAGCGGUCAGUGGAACACAAGAACAAGUUCCGUCUCUUCUGACCACCAUAACGUCCACUUCCAUUCACUCACACACACUUUAACACAGCGGUUUAACACAGGGUAUUUCUGGAUCUGGCAGUAUAUUACAGUCACAUUCACACACAUAUACAGACACAUACACACAUACAUAUACACACAUACACACCAUGUGCUGCUAUCCAUCCUCUCUCCUGGAUUCUUGGCUGUCAGUUCCUAUGCCUCCUUUGUAAAGACUGGUGUUUUUAAUGAUAACUAGAUUAUGUAUGUAAAUAACACACACACAAACAAAAUACACACAAUACACACACACACACACACACACACAGGUAUCCAUACAUACUUGUUCUAUCUAUGUGUGGACACAUGAAUAUUAAACAAUAAAACUGAAUCAUUCCUCAUUUGCUUUUGGAUGACACGAAUGAUCCAAGUUCGUCUUCUGUCCAUCAGGAAUUCUGUUGUUUUUAAUUCUUUCUUCAGUUUUCGGUAGUUUCUAUUAGUUAGGUAUAUUCCCAUUGCAUUUUGACUACUGUUCGGGGUUCGGUUAGAGAGAUAUGCUAAUUUAAGUGUAACGUUGUGAUGUGUGUGAUCUUUUUUCCUGCAUUUUAACAGUGACUGAAUGAAAUGAUUCUACGUAAUGUUUGAUACAAUUGCACAACUGUGGUUUUUGCCUUAUGCACCAGAAAAAAAAAAUCCAGAUUGUUUUAAACACCAUUUUUUGACUGCUUGCAAUAUUUCUUUUCAUCUUCUUUGCGCUGUUGUUCUGUCAAAUAGAAGAACGAGAUGGAAAUGUUCAGACUUA